AUGGCCCUCGCACAGCGCACCUCGUUCGCGGCCAAGACUAACCCUUCUCUGAAGGUGGCGGCCCCUCGCGCCUCGCGCCGCUCUGUUGUCGUGCGCGCUGACGGGUUCGCUGACGGGUUCAUCGGCUCCCCCACCAACAUCAUCAUGGUGGCCUCCACCGGCCUCACCCUGGCUGCCGGCCGCCUGGGCCUGGCGCCGACCGUAAAGCGGGGCACCACCGCCGGCCUGAAGUUUGUGGAGCGCCCUAACGCCGCCGGCAUCAUCAGCAACGACCCCGGGGGCUUCACUAUCGUGGACACCCUGGCCCUCGGCGCCCUCGGCCACAUCAUCGGUGUCGGCCUGGUGCUGGGCCUGCGUGCCAACGGCAAGAUCUGA